GGGUCGCGCGGGGCGGCGGCGGCGGCGGCGGGGAGACCCUGCUGCGCGGCUUGGGCUCGCCACGCGCGUGCGAGCCCAGCGGAGACGUGCUGAGUCAUCAGCAUGAGGUCACUCGGUGCUCCUGCUGACGCUGGGCCGGGGCGGGGGGCCCGUGCCCGCUAUCGGGCCGCCCGGGCGGGAGGCAGGGCUAGAUCCGGGCGGUGAAGGUCGGGCCGGGAUCCGGGGUCGUGUUUAAGUUUGACGGACCUGUGGGUCGGAGGCGAAGGCCCCGAAGGAGGCUUUACGGGGGCGCGCCGCCGCUUUCUCCCGGUGGAAGGUAAAGCCCCAGGCUUGCGCAUCCCUCCCAGGCUCGCGGGUUCCUGGCCCGGGUCCCACGCCUGGGGCAGUUCCCCAAACUGGGAGACGGAUCGGUGUACGCCGAGGGGAGGAGCUUAGGUGGGCUGAGCCAGCGUGUCUGGGAAGCGAGCUUUCCUGCUGUGUGACCCCGGGUGGCCAGACUGCGUUGGCCCUGGACCGAAAAGACCGGGAGUCAGGGGAGAGAGAAGCCGGGGCAGCUCUAAGCAGCUAAGGGGAGAGAAGGGUGGAGAUGUGGGCAGCCAGCGGAAGUUUUGAAGUACAAGCAUGGACAGGAGAAUAGUUCUGUUGACCCCAGUGAAUUCCUGUCAGAGGAGUUUGGGGUCCCAAACGGGUGCCUGAAGUUAGCGAAAAGGGUCCCGUUGGGUGUCCGACGUGGUGGCUGGGGACUCUUGGGAAGUGACAGCCUGUGUGGGGUGUGUCCUCCACCUUUGCGCGGCUGUGUGAACGUUUACCGACUUGUCUGUGUUGGAGGUUCUUGAGCUCUGUUCUGUAUUGCUUCCCUUGCCGGGGUUUUCGUGGCCAGCUUAGCUUACCUUUUGGUUUGCGCCUGGGGAUGUCUUCUCAGCAUUGAGCACGCGCCCUGAGGUGCUGAGUGUUUUGUUCAUUUGGGGUGGAACUUUAUGCCCUGUGAAAAUUCAAGGCCCCAGGACAGUGUUUGAGCUCUAGAGUCACUAUGCUUCUGUGAGCAUAAAGUGUUAAGUUAUUUUCAAAUAAUGCCAGUAUCCGAAGGGGGGGAGAGACCUAAGUUGGGUUUUGCAGGCAAGGUUGAGCAAGGAAGAGCCACUGUCUUCCUUGAGACUAAGAUCUGGAUUGUCCAGUGUGAGAGGACAAAGGUGCCCAGACCUUUUCUGUCGGCCUGAAUGGUGGCCUCGGUGCCCUGCAGCCAUCCAUAGCUGUCAGUACUGGGAGGAGGACCAAGUUGGGGGCAACGGGCCUCGAUCAACCUCUCAGGCUCUGAAAAGCUCUCUGAACUACACCCCAGCACAGCUGUCCCCCAAAACGGUCUGCCUAGUCCCUCUGUGUCCCUAGUUGUCGUGCAGCUGGCAGCACUGGCUUUGCUGAGACCUGCCCUUCCCCUUAAGCAUGCUAUGAGUGUGCACACAUGCGUAUUCGCGCGCGCACACACACACACACACACACACCUUUGAUCAGGAGGCAAUUGGCUGCGCUUGUGCUGAGUUGAGGCCUUUGGUGAGGGUGAAAUCUGUUGAGGAGGCACUUUACAGCUCCCAGCCGCCUCACUCUGCACUUUUCUGUGCCAUCUCAGGAAGUCACCGUUUUUUGCUCAGCAGUCUGGGGAGAGCCCUUGCCUCCCUCACCUCGGCUUAGGUUCCUGGUGUGGUGUGGGGCUGACUUGUAGGAAAAACAGAUCCAUUCAGGCCUCUGGUUCUGACUUCUGCCUUUCUCUUUGAUCUGGCAGCUCUCUUGCCUCAGAAAAUCUAAUCCUGUAGACUUGUCUCUAGCUGCUGUGCUAGAUAUGUGCAUGUAGCCAUACCUGCUCUUCAAGGCUAAGAGUGGUGGGGUCUCUGUUCCAGUGAGAACACUUGCCUUUGCUGCCAACGUCAGUUCUCUUGAUAAGCAUAAGGACCCCCGCUCACACAGCACAUUGUUUCCUGACGUGCUCACAGCCUUCAGCCUCACCUGCAGGUCCUUCCUCAUAGCCUGGAGAGGAGAGGGUGUUUACCCAUGGGAUGGGGGGGGGGGGGUUUGGCUAAGUGGGGAUUCCCAGCCUAGGUGGAUAAAAAUGGCCUUGGUGGGGCUUUAGAAAGCUGAAAAUGAGACUGAGUGCCAGGGGCCGGCUGGCUGUAGGAGGGAGUAGGUGUUUUGCUGUUGUUCCCUGGCCCUGUGGUCACUGACCCUAGGCAGAAAGCCAGAGACCAGUCAGUGACCCAAAGGGCCUGGCUCUUGCCUGCUUCCAGCUAACAGUGCCCUUCUGUGCUAAUUGUGGGGUGCUUGUGAAACAGCCUGUGUUGGGUGGGGCAGGAGCACAGGAUGCCACAACAGGCCACAGGAUGGUUAGUUACUCCAUGUGUGAAGGAGGUGGACAGGGAGGACGGGAGGGCCCAGGCUCAGCUCCUCCCAGCCUGAUUGCCGGCUCCCUGGAAGGUGAGAGGGUUCCCAGGCAGUCAGUGAGGACAAACUCAGUCCUCCAGAGUGAGGCAGGAAACAGAGGGUUCCCAGGUAGGCAGUGAGGACAAACUCGGUCCUCCGCCAGGGUGAGGCAGGAAGCAGCCCCUAAGUCCUAGAGGGAGAAAGGGCUUGGUCCCAGGCCAGCUGGGAAGCAGCUCUGGGAAGUAGGAUCCUGGAGUACAGGUCCCUGGAUGACCCUUGCUUGCUGUAGUCCCAGUAUUGGGUCUCCUGGGAACUGUUGGCUGGCCUCGGAGCGGGAGAACGGCUGGGGAAGGGAGGGAGGUGAUGUGCUGAGUCAGCGUGACUCGCCAGGAACAGUGUGCUCUGGGGCAGCGCUGGGGUUAUUUUUAAAGCUCGCUUCCUUCUAGGCUUGCCCCUCCUGCAGCCCAGACCUUCUGAUCUCUCUCUGUUCCCUUUGUCUUUUACCUUCACAUCGCUGAUUCUGCCCUCCGGGAAAAUCUCCCUGACCUCCCACCUAGCUCUCUAGGCAAAGGGCCUUCUGAAGAGCCCAGCCCAGCUCAGGAUAAGCAAGUGCUUGGGCUGUCCUCAGGUCAGAGUGCCUGCUCACUGUGUCCCCCGGGUUAUGACGACCCCCAAUAAAGGAAACAAGGCCUUAAAGGUGAAGCGGGAGCCCGGCGAGAAUGGCACCAGCUUGACCGAUGAGGAGCUGGUGACCAUGUCGGUUCGAGAGUUGAACCAGCACCUGCGAGGCCUCUCGAAGGAAGAGAUCAUCCAGCUGAAGCAGCGCCGCCGCACACUGAAGAACCGGGGCUACGCGGCCAGCUGCCGGGUGAAGCGGGUGACACAGAAGGAGGAGCUGGAGAAGCAGAAGGCGGAGCUGCAGCAGGAGGUGGAGAAGCUGGCCUCGGAGAACGCCAGCAUGAAGCUGGAGCUCGACGCGCUGCGCUCCAAGUAUGAGGCCCUGCAGAACUUUGCCAGGACCGUGGCCCGCAGCCCGGUGGCCCCAGCUCGGGGUCCCCUUGCUGCUGGCCUGGGGCCCCUGGUCCCUGGCAAGGUGGCUGCCACCAGCGUCAUCACAAUAGUAAAGUCCAAGACGGAUGCUCGGUCAUAGGGACACGUGCAAUCGCCGGGCAGGUCGUUGAGGGGCCACUAGGUGCGUGGCAGAGUUGGCAGCCCUGUCCCUUCCCUUCCCUGUCCUUUCUCCUCUCCCUUCCCUGUUUCCUUUCCUGCAAAGCACAACCUGCACCCAGGGGCAUCCUUGUCGUCACGCCUGUGCUUUGUACGUUGGGACCGGUCAGUUCAACAGUGAUGUUGGGUUGCCCCUCACCCCUUUGUACCAAGGCCAUGCGGGCCGGGGUCCAGAGUGGGAAAGGACAAGCGUGCAAAUGGGAAAGUGCACUGGGCUGAGGUCUGCCCGUCUCCUUGGUGGUCUGCAGGCCCCACAGGCUGCCAGGCUGCAGGACUUGAGAGCUUGCUUUUCAGAUUCCAGUGGGCCUCUCGGCUUGAUUGAGAAGGAAGAGGCGGGCGGUCUCUGCCUGAAAAGUACUUAUGUCUCGAAGGCCCUGGGAGGGUAGGCCGCCAGCCUGGGAACUGGGGCAGGAGCCAUGGUGCCGGAGCCUGGCACAGUGCACUGGAUAAGACCAAAUCGCCGGUUAAACGUGUGGGUGGAAGGUGUGUUUGUGUCCUGCGAUGGGUCCGGUGUCACUGUUUACACGACCUAUUUGUGUGGUUAUAUAGCCCUUUAUUUAAGAGAAGUUCCUUUUACGAAGUUAUUAAAUUAUAUGUUUAAGAGCUAAAAAGAAAAAAAAGCUGCAGAGUAUUUAUAAAAUUGUCUUAAAAAAACAAAAACAAAAAACAACAUUUGACCGUCUAAAUGGAAAAGGGAAGAAAGUAUAGUAGAAACUUUGCUAGUUUAAAAAAGCCCUUUCUUGUAAACAUGGGGACAGCGCUGUGGCUGUUGGAGUUUAGUUUUUAUACUCAGAGUUAUCAGACAUUACUUAUAAAACUUAGUUUAAAAAAGGAAAAAAAGAAGAAAAAAAAAGCCAAGCUGCAAGCCUCCCAGAGGCUGCCCUCUUUGAUAUCUCUUUUGCAAUUGUACCGAAAGUGACUUACUCCUUUGCCCUUCCUGCUUCCGUCUUGCCGGUGCCGUGGUGUUGUCCGUGCCUGGUGAGGUUUUGUGCGGCCGUAAAGUGCUGGUGCUUCUGGUGACCUUUGACCUGUGGCUGUCCCUGUGUUUUGUGUGUGCGUGUGUUUUGGAUUUUGUUGUGGUUUUGCUUCUGCUGGCUUGCUGGACCUGGGUUGGGCUGGGGUCCCAGGCAGAACUUACUCCAGGGGAGUACAGGAGGCUGCCUGCCAGCUCCUGUUCCUCUGCACUUGUCCCAUUCCUCUGCCACCUGGUCCCUCUGAGCCUUGAUUCGCCUGUGGGCCUAGGGCUUGGGUUGGUGCAGCCAGCGGCGGAGUCAGUGAACUUGGGAGCUAUCUUGGGUUCCCGUGCUGCUUCCACAUCUACCACCUCUGGCCCCGGGUGGUGACAUUGCAGGGACCAAGGAGUCACUGUGGGUGCCCACAGGGCUGUGGCCUACCUGUCUCUGGCCGUCUUCCUCCUGGCCUCAGCUUAGCUCCUAUAGGCUUCAUUUGGGGCCUUGGCUAGGCCACCCCAGCACCUACCUUGUGGGUUGGGGGAGUCCUAUCACCCACCUGUUCCUGAACUCGCGUCCUGUGGGGUAUUGUUUCCCAGGCAGAUUGGUCAGGGGUCCCACUUGGGGCAACCCAUUCUUCCCUGCCUCACUGUGAGAGCCUGGAGGCCUCCACCAUUGCUAGACAAGGGCUUCAGCCCCAGGGCCAGGUCUGUGUCUUCCCCCACUGUCUGCAGCUCUUGGCUUUGGGCCCUUCUGCCUCCCUUCAGGAUCUGUGUCUUCCAGGGAUCCGCUAUUUGACUUGCAGGUGCUUCCCUGCAGGGUCCAAGCCUGCCUCCUCAUGAGCCCAGCUGUCCAGUGGAGGCUGCCCACCUUCCAGGCUUGGCUCAGGAAGCUCCUCCUAAGCGGAUGACCCCUGUCUGGUCACAUGGUCCCUUGCUGACGUUGCUUCUUGCUGACAUUGCUGGUGUCUUCUCUGGGGCCCCUGGAUCCCUGAAAAGCACAGAAAUGUGAGCUGAUGAAAGGAAAGACUGUGGCCUGAUAGGCCUUUACCUCGUAGGCAGCAGGAUUUUCACUCAGUUUGACACAGCUUGCAGUGCUCUGGGUGCAGGACCUCUGCCAGCCCUGGCAUUUUAUUUUGGUGGGCUUCUUUGGCUCAAGGUGCUCAGACACUCCCAUUGAUGCCUGAGUCAGAUGUGAGUGGCAGUCUGAACUGUUGAUUAUAAGUUACCAGGUGACCUCAUCCCCUCCCCUUGGCUCUCUGACUGGUAUCCAGAUGAGUUGCUGAUUCUGACUGUGGCAGCAGAGCUGGAAUGGAUUGUGCCCAUGCCUGGAGGAGGAGAGGGAGAGGCUCACCAAGCUUUUCGGUCCUGGCUGGGUGGCCUGAGCAUGGCCUUCCAUGUGCCUGGCUCCAGCCUGCUGGGAAGAUGAGGAAGAGGAGGUUGAGGCUGGAUGUGUGUUGAACAGAAGGAGCAGGUCUUAGCUUCUCAACUGAAUGGAGCCGUGCUCGUGGCUUUCAGAUUUGUAGCCUCCGCUUCUUGGGUCUGGGAGCAUCCCUGGUGGCAGCCCCGCAGAGCCCCUCUUUGCCCUUACCCUUGAUCUCCUACAGUAAAUCCUGUGUCCAGUUGUGACUGUUGACUGUUUUUCUGAUCAUUGUCAAUUCCAUUUUCCUACUGUGAGGGUGUUGUAUUUGACUUUCUGACACAGCGAUUGGAGAGCUUUGGCUGAGGCCAGGUCUCCCAAACUUCUCCGCUAAGUAAACCAUAAUGUGCACCUUCCCUCCUCCCGUGACUUUGCCUGACCUCCUUCCUUGGACUCGGACACUCAGAUUUCAGAGAGAACCCUCAUGAGGUGGCUCGCUUUUCUCUAGAGUGCUGUCCCAGAGAGUCCUCCCCUCCAUUGUGUCUGGCUGCUAACAUUGUGGCAUUGGUGCAGGGUCUCCAUGGCAGCAGUGAGUUCUUCCGGUUCCACUAUCAUCACCAGGCUUCCUACAGGCUGUUCUCAGUUCACCAUUCAGGUCUGUGUGUGCUCUGUGUGUGUUAGCAGCAGCCUUGGUGUUCAGUGCCAGGGUUUGCAGUUCUGAUAAGCUACAGCCCACUUGGAGAUGGUGAGGCCACUUCCCUGCUACCUCCCUCUCUGGUGUGGCCACUUGGCCAAAGCUGCCAUCCACAGCUGGGAUGUCUGAGCCACAGCCUGCUGCACUGCUUCCGCUCUGGGAUCUUCUGAGUUACUUUUUUAGGCUGUGGUUUAGUGAAAGGAACCAACACAUUAACGAUUUUUUUUUCCCCCAGAAGCCACUGAAUAAUUCUUGGCUUGUUUUCUUGUUCCUGGUGGCUGCCUGGUUGGGAGCAGUCGUGGAGAAGAGGGUGGAACCAGUACCACACAGGCUGCAGACAGCCUGCCUGUUCUGGUGUGUGUCCUGGCAUGUGCUGUACCUGCUGGGCCAGCUGUACACGUUCCUACCCUGCCCCUGCAGCAGCAGCAGCGCUAAUAGGUGGCAGUCUGAGGUGGAGUGUGCUAGGGAGUGUCCCUGAUAGAAUCCCCUGUUGACCCCAGUUGGGCUUUCGGCCCCUCCAGCAACUUCAUGCCCCAGCCCUGCACCCCCCCCCCCCCCCAUCCUCUCUCGUCUGCUAGUCCCUGAAGCCUUUAACCAAACGGGAGUGGGUACAGAAAUCCUUCUCCUGGCAUCUUAGGGCAACAGGACAAGGGCUAUUGUAUGUCUGGCUCUGUUGGUCUCCUGGUGCUGAGAGGUGUGUCCAAGCAGAGUUAAUCAGUCCCUGCCUGCCCUGCAGGGCUGAAGCCAGGGGGAGGUUAGAGAGUACCCUAAAUGGGGUAGGGGUCCUUAAAGAUCUGAGGAGGGGCUGGGGUGUGGCUGCAAGGUGAGACCCUGCACCUGGGCAGGGCCCUCGGGGAUCUGGCUGCAGGUGAGGUCUGGACGUUCGCCCCAGUGUAGAGCGAUCAGUCCCUGGCCUCAGCAGGCAGCAGCCUUGGUGCCCACCCAUGCCCUGCGCAGUAUUUAUUGCUAAAUUAUUGUCCAGGAGGGGCGGCGCUGGGCCAGGCCCCGGGUAUUUAUUGCUGUACAUAGUGUAUGUUUGUGAUAUAUAAGGUUUUCUUUAUUUUGUAUAUGAUCAAUAAACGCCUUUUAAAGAGA